CCCUUCCGGUUGCCCGCCAAUCAGUACAAAAAGAUUGCAUGGGGGGCCCGCCUCUCCUCGCCGUUGCUCAAUCAGCUACGACUGGCCCUUGAUGGGCCGUCAUCUCCCAAUCACGAGCAACACAAACACUGUGGCCAGGCACGCCCUCUUUCCCAGAUGAGACCUUACUUUUAACUCCUCGGUUAGCGAAGCGGGGAAGUGGUGUGGGGGUGGGGAGAAGCAGCCCCUCUGUUGCUUAGGCCGCAUUCUUAAGCAUGAUCGCUUGGUAGUAAGCUCCAUUGAAUUAAGUGUGAUUCACUUCUGAGUAAACAAGAAUAGGACUGUGCUGUUCGGUGGCAGCCUCCAAACAGAAGAGACAUAUAACAUUUGCCCCUCCUUCAUUGUUUUCGUGCCGGCUAAUGAGCGAAGAGCGGAAAGUCGGUAGGUAGUAAGGGCAGCUGAGCCUGCAAAGCCCGAAUCGUCCUCGGAAGUUCCUUGGAGGAGGCCUAAGUAUGGCGGAGGAGGAGGCAGUCAUGGUCGCUCCCCAGAGCUCGGACGCCGUGAGUUUUUUGCAGGAGCAGCCCUGCACUUUGGAGCUGGAGGGCACCGUUCGCUGCGAAGGGCGCCUCACCCACUUCGUGGCCAGCAACUUGGAACAGCAGAUCCGGCUCAGCACCUCGACGGGCUCCGGCUGUGUGAUCCCCGCCGUUGACUCCCAGGCUCUGCAGGACUUGGCGGCCGUAGCCGUCCAGGUGGCGGCGCAGGUGGACGAGCUGCUGCGGAGCGUGCACGGCGCUCUGCAGGCCCUGACAGCCCUCAGCGUGGGCUGCAUCCAGACCUACCGGGACGGCGUGGAGAGCCUGGGGGAGGCCGUGGACACGAGCAUCCGCUCCAUGUACACGCUGAUGGCGCGCUGCGAGGAACUGGACGGGGAGAUGCAGCCGGUGCCGGCCCUGGCUAGGCGCAUCCGGGACAUGAAGAGCGCGCUGGAGAGACUCGAGGGGCUCUGCAAAUAGGCCGAUCGCUUCCUAGGGCUCCCUACACCCACCCACUCCAAACACCCCAGAGCUUGGUGGCUUUUGCUAAUCAAAGUAAGCCGGACUCUAGGCAGCACCUUUUUUGCCACCACGCUGACGGCUUGUUUUUCAAAGCACUUCGUUCUUUUCUGUGUUGAUCUCAGGACACUUCACUCGCUUCCUUUUAGCCACGUUUUAAAGAAAGGUGUGGAAAAUCCGUUGUGCCCCUUCAUAAAUCAGCCAGUCCUUUCUCAUCCUGUGGCCUUCUCUCUUGCAGCAAUGCCUGACAGAGCCCCCGACACAAACUGCAUUUCCAAACGUGCAUAAGUAGUGCUGUUAAACUAAACUAUAUUGAGAUAAUAGAAAUUCCAUGAAAUGCAGUUGAAAAGAACAAUCCUGGGCAUGUAUACUCAGAAGUAAGUCCUGUUGUGUUCAAUGAGUUUUAUUCUCAAGGGUUCAUAAGAUUUCAGCCUAAAGCUGCAACAGUUAAUACUAGGCAAUAAAUCCCAAGCCAAACACUGGAAUUUAACCUCUGAAUAAUUACAUAGUAUUGCACUGUAAAUGAAUAUAUCUGAGGCUUUAUGUCUGCAAGUGCUUAUGUGCAUAAAGUGCCAUUAGUUGAAAUAUAAUCCUAGUUCUUGAAGAAUAAAAGUAGCUUAUUGACUCACUGGUUGAAGUACAUUCAAAAUCAUGCACCGUUCUUGCACCACAUGAGUAUCUAGUGUUAAUGUUUAACUUGUUUCAUGCACUCAAAAUAAAUUAUGACCACUAUUAGUCAAUAUUUAAUAUUGAGUUUUUAAAUUGAGGUAGUAAUUCCCAAACUUAUUUCUGGCGUAGUUGUAUCAGUUCCAUAGAAAAUGUUUUUUGAUUGAAGUUUGAAUUCUGCACCUAAAGUUGUAUUAAAUAUUAAGACUAAGCAGAAUCUAUUUUUAGAUAAUGUUGAUUCAUAAGUCAGUCAAGCUACAUUACUUGGAUUCAAACCUGUUGAGGGAAAUAAGGUAAUACUGACAGCUGGUGUGAUGUAGUGAAUAAGGGAGUGUGAGCUGGGAAUUCCCAGGCUCACGCCUGGCCUUACCUAGAGAUGUGAAGGAACAAGACUGGAAAAAUUAAGAAACCCCCCCCCCCUCAUUAUAUAUUUACUUUUCCAAAUGAUUUCUAAAAACAAUGUACAGUAUCAAAUUAUUACAAUUGUAAACUGAGACUGAAACUGAUAGUGAUACCUGUAGCUUAGAAAAUGAGUCUGAUUAAGUUUCAUUUAUAUUCGUUGAAUGUUGGUCCCGUCCCCCACUUUUCUUAGUUCUUUUUAUGGGAAUGGGUAGGUACUAUGUCUGCUUGACACAGUGGAGGACUAGUAGAGUCAUAAACCAUCCAGAGAGCUUUG